CACCGAUCCUGUCAGCUCCUUAUUUUGAGACAACUCAAAGCGGAUCGCGUGUCAUAGCAACACACAUGGCGUUGUCCCGGCCCGGCGACAGCGAUAUUACGCAAUGACGUCAUCGUACGGCUGCGUGAUGACGUCAAAGUGACUAGGGAUCCGCAUGCUGUGACGCCUUGCACUGCCACGUGUCACUGCCCGUCUCCUUGCACACUAGCUCCUCGCCUCCUACUAGCCUCACCCAGUUUUCGCCUCGCCUAUUCGCGUACGCGACUUGAGCCUUCCUCGGUGCAGCAUUAUGGCUGCUACAGCAGCUGUUGAACUCUCUGCACCUUCUACUAGCGAUUGUGCUUGUAUCGAGGACAGCGGCCCUGGUGCCUGGCGAUGGGCGGCGCAGUGCAUGAUCUGGCGGAUGGAGCCACCGACGGCUGUGAUUGAAUGUGCCAAGAGGGGAUCUGAAGGCAUCUUGACGGAGACCUUGCAGCAGCAGCUAGUGACCAUGCUACAGUCACAUCCGCUGGGCCGUCGCUUCGCCCCUGACCGCACCUACUCGCUGCGCGUCCUGAAGCUGCUUAUAACGGAGGCAGAGAGGGGGGCAGGAGGGGGCGAGGUGUGGGAGGAGCUGUACCCGAUCCCCUUUUCUCUCCCCCCCAUCCCCCAUCCAUCCGCUCGCGCCUCCCACCACACGCUCUCUGCGUCUCCUCAGCCACCACUGCACCCAGCGAGCCAUAGCACCGCUCCAGCCAGCUCGCUGUGGUGUUUCCACACCUACGCCCUGCGCCUGCCAUUCCCAUCCCGCUGCCCGCCCUACCCUCGCCCCCCUGCCAACGGCUCAGAUGGCCUCUCAAUCGGCUCAGAUGGCCUCUCAAACGGCUCAGAUGGCCUCUCAAACGGCUCAGAUGGCCCCUCAAACGGCUCCUACGCGCUCACCUUGCGCGUGUCCCGUGACAUGCUGAAAGGCGGCACAGGCUGCACCGCGUGGCCCGCCUCUUUCUUCCUGGCAGAGGCGCUUCUCGCCCACGCCUCUCUUCUCCUGCCCUCCAGCCCGCCCCUUGAACCGCGCACCGCCCCUGUGUGCCUGGAGCUGGGGUCGGGCUGUGGGCUGCUGGGGCUGUGUCUCGCGCCCCUCCCGCUCUCCAAGCUCAUCCUCACCGACGCCAGCAGCGAGUCUCUCGCCAACCUCUGCGCCAAUCUCACCAUCAACGGGCUCCAAUUCACCUCCGAUGCGGCAGUCUCCCCUCCUCUCUCCGCAACCUCCUGUCAAGGCAAGCAGCAUGGCGAGAAGGAGCAGGGAGGUCUGGGGUCAGACGGUGCGGCAAUGCAUGAGGGUGCGAGGGUGCAGGAUGGGGCAAGAAGCGAGCAUGAGGGUACGAGGGCGGAUGAGGGUGCAAGAGUGCAUGUGCAGCAGCUAUCUUGGGAAGACAUGACACCGUCACUCGCAUCCACCAUCUCUGCUGACGUCAUCCUCGGUGCUGACAUCGUGUACGACCCCUCUGUGGUGCCCGCCCUCGCUGAUGCGCUGGCAGCCCUGCUGUCCACGUCAGCGCAAACUGGAUGCACAGAACGUGACACCUGGCAAGAUGAACGCCCAGCUGGCAUGGCACGAGCUGCUGGCGUGACUGGCAAUGCUGCCUCAUCCUCACCCAUCCCCCUCCCUUCGCCUCCCUAUGCCCUCAUAGCCUCUACUCGCCGCAACCCUCUCACCAUGGCAGCCUUUCUGCAGGCCCUACAGGACCGAGGGCUGCAGGCUACAGACGUGGCCCAGGAGCUGGUGCCGCACUCUCACUCUCACUGUGACCCUCACUCUGGCCCUCACUCUCGCUCACGAUGGUUUCACCACUUGGAGCUACCUGAAGCCGAUCGCAUGUUGUUGCACCUGAUUCAGAGGCAAGGCCCAUAGCACUUCCACAACCAGAAUGGCCAUUUGAUGAUUGGCCAUAUCACUGGUAAAUACACAUAGUGAAUGCUAUGUAUUUGUAAUGCAAAGAUAGCUGUAGUGGCAUUUGCACACCUAAGGUUGCAGUACCAGUAUGUUCUCGCCGUACUACAGAGGGCAACUUUGGACCAGGGCAAGCGAUGAGUGGGAGUGUGAAGGUUUUUGAUAAGUGCAAACAAAUACUUGUUACG